AUGGAGGAAGGUCGCAAAAUUUUUGAAAGGUUUUACGAAGAUAUCAAUAGUUUACAUCUACAUUUUGAGUAUCUCGAUUCCACACAACAAUAUUGUAUAAGAAAUAUGAAAAAAUUUAUAGAAGAUAAUAAAUUGAGAGAUGAUAAUAUGAUAAUUGUUAGUUGUGAUAAACAAUAUCAUGGUAUUGGAACACGAGAUACUUACAAGAACGAAGACAGGAUAUGGUUAUCUGAGGAAGGCAAUGUGUUUGUAACAUUUUUAUUUUUAUGGAAUGACAAUUUAAUAGAUAAAGUGAAAUUAUUAACACAGACAUGUACUGUAGCUAUAAGCAAAACGUUAGAAAGUUUUUAUUUAGUAACACAAAUAAAAUGGAUAAAUGAUGUAUAUGUUAAUUAUAAAAAAAUUUCAGGAUGUCUAAUUCAUAUGUAUGAUCAUAUGGAAAAUCAAAAAGAUCACAACAUAAUGAACAAUAAUAAUAAUAACAAGAAGAAAAUAUGUUUAUUGGUAGGUAUAGGAAUUAAUGUAAAUUUAGAAGAUCAACAUAAUAUCUUAAAUAAUAAUUAUACAUCUAUAAAAAAAGAAUAUUUACAAGAUUUUGAUACUCCAAAAUUAAUUCCAACAGUCGAACAAAUAACAUUAAAGCUCAUAAUAAAUGUAAAGCAUGCUAUAAAUACAUUGUGUAAAGAAGGAUUCACAGAAUUCUUAAACUAUAUCAUAAGUAGAUUGUUGUAUAAAGACAAAAAAGUUAUAAUAAAUCAAGACAACCAAUAUAUUGUGGGUUAUUUAAAAGGAUUGUUACAUGAUGGAUCACUCCUUUUGUUUACAGAAGAUAAUAAAUUUAUUAACGUGCACACGGGACGCUUACAUGUAAAGGAUGAUGACUAA